GUAGGGCGGGAUUGGAGCCCGCGGGACGAGCGUGGAGCGCGCGGGGGAGAGGGUUCGUAGCCGCGUGGGGCGAAAGUUUCGGGGGGACGCGCGGCCCCAGGGGGUGACUGACACCGAUCCGCCCCGCCCGCGCAGAGCCUGCUGCGCGCGCCCGAGGUCCGCACGCGAGCGCUCAGUGGCGCCUGCGCUGCGCCCUGGGACCUUGUUGCGGGGGGGGUGUGAGGGCGGGGGGCAGCAGUGGGCUGAAACGUGCUGCGCCAGCCCCUUACUCAAAUCGGUUCAACCCCCUCCCCCCGUGUGUACACGCUGCCCGUGGGAAGCUGUUUGGAUUGCACAGGAUCAGAGGAUCUAAUCAAGAGGCUUGGCCCCAAGUCCUGUAAGCAUUUACCCAUGUACUUCAAGCAUAUGAAGAAUCACAUUGAAGUCAGUGGCACUGUUCAGCUGCUUCUAGACUGAUGUCUGAGAGUUGGCAUUUAUGGUGCCAUCCUGAAAAUGAGUAUGUAUUGGUAUGUGACUAGAGGGAUAAGAUGGCAUGCAGUGUGAGGUUGUCAGCAUAGAUCAUGCAGACACCGGUCUCUAGUGCUGUACACCUGAGUGAAUGGCAGAAGAAUUACUUUGCUAUUACCUCUGACACCUGUACACCAGGACAGAAGGCAGAUGGAUACCGUGCACAGAUUCUGCACAUUCAGUAUGCAUGGGCAAACUCUGAGAUCUCCCAGGUCUGUGCUACCAACCUGUUCAAAAAAUAUGCAGAGAAAUACUCUGCCAUUAUUGACUCUGACAACGCAGAGACUGGCUUGAAUAACUAUGCUGAAAACAUUUUGACUUUGGCAAGAUGUCAGCAAAAUGACAGUGACAAGUGGCAGUCCUCCUUGACAACAAGUAAUGUGUUUGAAUUAAAGAGUGUUCAAGAGUUGAUGCAAGCUGGCAAAAAGUUCCAGAGCUCUCUGAUGGCACCAGCAGAUGCCUUUGUGGUAGUUGAUAAGGAGGUCAGUGCCUCUGUUACUCCAGGUCUGCCUAAACUCAAUGUGUGCAGCAGUGCUGUAGAUACCGAUCUCUGGGCUAGCUCAUCAAAAUGUAUAAGUCAGGGACCAGAUAUUCUUGAGAGUCUCUCGUCUUUGAAAUGUCUUCAAAGUAGUGUGCCUUCUGUGACCAAAACUACAGAUAUACUUCCUGCCUCCUCUGCCUCUUUAAAUGAACUGCCUAAUACAGGUUUCUGUGCAAGUCCAUUAUCUGGAAACAACAAAGCAGCAAGUGGCGGUUCUGUGAAACCCCCAAGUCAUUUUGAGAUUAGACAGAAUUUGUCUUUUUCUAAUCACUCCUGUCUUCCGGCAGGGUCUGGAAAUCCAGGGAAAAGGAAAACAUUUUAUAGCUCCAGUGAUGAAAGCAGCAAUACAACUUCUUCUAGCCUUGCUUCUUCCAAGCCCUCCACUAGUACAGAAGCCAAGAAUUUUGUAGGGAGUGGAAAUGGGAGUGAGGAGAGCAAUGGUUUUAAAACUGCAAAAGAACAGCUCUGGGUAGACCAGCAAAAGAAAUAUCACAAUCAGCCUCAACGCACACCAGUCUCAUCCUAUGGUGGUAUUAAAAAAUCUUUGGGAGCUGGAAGGUCUCGGGGUCCAUUUGGAAAAUUUGUCCCUCCGGUGCCAAGACAAGAUGGGAAUGAAAAUGGAGGGCCGCAGUAUAAACCUUAUGGCGCUGGACCAACAGAGUCUUCAUUUCCAGUGGAUGAACGUUUGAAGAACAUAGAACCAAAAAUGAUUGAACUUAUUAUGCACGAGAUCAUGGACCAUGGACCUCCAGUGAACUGGGAUGACAUUGCUGGAGUAGACUUUGCUAAAGCAACUAUAAAGGAGAUAGUAGUCUGGCCUAUGCUGAGACCAGACAUCUUUACAGGGUUACGUGGUCCUCCCAAAGGAAUUCUUCUCUUUGGCCCUCCUGGGACAGGCAAGACUCUUAUAGGCAAGUGCAUUGCGUGUCAAUCAGGAGCUACUUUUUUUAGCAUUAGUGCCUCUUCGCUGACCUCCAAGUGGGUAGGUGAGGGGGAAAAGAUGGUCCGUGCACUGUUCACUGUGGCACGAUGUCAGCAGCCAGCUGUGAUUUUCAUUGAUGAAAUCGAUUCUCUCUUGUCUCAGCGUGGAGAUGGGGAACAUGAAUCUUCUAGAAGAAUAAAAACUGAAUUUUUAGUCCAGUUGGAUGGAGCAACAACCUCGUCUGAAGACCGUAUUCUAGUGGUGGGAGCAACAAAUCGUCCGCAAGAAAUCGAUGAGGCUGCCCGAAGAAGACUGGUAAAAAGGCUGUACAUCCCUCUUCCUGAAGCUUCAGCUAGGAAGCAGAUUGUAACUCGUCUGAUGUCAAAGGAGCACUGCUGUCUAAGAGAAGAGGAAGUUGAGCUCAUAGUUAAAAAAUCUGAUGGAUUUUCUGGGGCAGACAUGACACAGCUCUGUCGAGAAGCUUCUUUAGGUCCUAUCCGUAGCCUUCAGUCCAUGGACAUUGCAACCAUCACACCCGAACAAGUUCGGCCUAUUUCUUUUCUUGACUUUGACAGUGCUUUCAAAACUGUGCGACCCAGUGUGUCUUCAAAGGAUCUGGAACUAUAUGAAAGCUGGAACCAGACAUUUGGUUGUGGAAGAUAACUGCAUCUGAAUUGUCGUGCAGAAGUUUUUCUCUCUCUCUGCCUCACACGUAUACGCGUUAAGAUCAGUGAUAAUUUACAGGGUUCAUUUUUGGUUAUAACAAUUCUUUGUAAUAAAGCUAUUUUAAUAAAUGUGAUGAAAUUAA